CGGAAGCGGUCCGAGAAUGAAGAGUGUGAUCUACCAUGCAUUGUCUCAGAAAGAGGCGAAAGACUCUGAUGUCCAGUAGCUGCGGGCGAUAUGCCUGGGAUCCUGGGCUGCCCAGACCAGAGCAGUGAGCACUCCACCCCCUUGUCGGCCUGCAGCCUCCAGGAGCACAGCGGGCCGAGGCCUUCGUGAGGGCCUUCCUGAAGCGCAGCACACCCGGCAUGAGCCCGCAGGCCCGCGAGGACCACCUGCAGCGCAAGGCCGUGGUCCUGGAGUACUUCACCCGCCCCAAGCGCAAGGAGAAGAGGAAGAAAGCCAAAGGCCUCUCUGCCAGGCAAAGGAGGGAGCUGCGGCUCUUUUAUAUUAAACCAGAGCAGCAGAGAUACAGUCUUUUCCUCCCUCUCCAUGAACUCUGGAAACAGUACAUCAGGGACCUGUGCAGUGGGCUAAAGCCAGACACGCAGCCACAGAUGAUUCAGGCCAAGCUGUUAAAGGCAGAUCUUCACGGGGCUAUUAUUUCAGUGACAAAAUCCAAGUGCCCCUCUUAUGUGGGUAUUACAGGAAUCCUUCUACAGGAAACAAAGCACAUUUUCAAAAUUAUCACCAAAGAAGACCGCCUGAAAGUUAUCCCCAAGCUAAACUGUGUGUUCACUGUGGAAAUCGAUGGCUUUAUUUCCUACAUUUACGGGAGCAAAUUCCAGCUUCGGUCAAGUGAAAGGUCUGCGAAGAAGUUCAAAGCGAAGGGAACGAUUGACCUGUGAAUUCUUUGCCAUCUAACGCAGUUGUUUAUGACAGCUGAAAACUGGACACUCCUAAAUGCCAACCUUUCAGUGAAGAGAUGGUUAAGCCAAUUCGGUUUAUAGACCACCUCCAGCCAGUGACGUGUUCUGGGUUGAGGAUGCUCAACAACAUGGGAAGGUCGCGGUGUACCGAGUGACGAAGUCAGGGGACAGAGGAAUUUCUCUUUCUAGGAGAUCUUCAUUUUGUGUGACUCCCAUGGAGAGGAGCAGACUGGCAAGAAGCACACCGGGGUUAACGCUGGUUGACUUAACUAGUAUCACUCGAUUUUAAAAAAUACUUUUCCAUGUUUUCUGAGUGCUCUAUGGUGAAUCAGCUGCGUCUGUGAUAAUACAGUCCACAUGUGGACAUAACCAGGGAUCAGAUAAAGGAGGUAUUGCUGCA